AUGUCGGAAACAAUGAUUUCGGAGGUCCAUACACGUGAGCGGCGUGACGUCUACCAUGAGGCCGAUGUCGUCGUUGUCGGUGCCGGUGUCUUUGGCUGCGCGGCUGCCUUCGCUCUGGCAAACCAGGGACGCUCGGUGCUUCUUCUCGAGAGAUGGAUGCAUGAGCCCGACCGGAUUGUGGGCGAGCUGCUGCAGCCAGGAGGUUUGACGGCCCUGAGGAAGCUGGGCCUGGGCCACUGCAUCGAGGCCAUCGACGCAAUCCCUUGCUACGGCUACAACGUCAUCUACCACGGAGAGCCAUGCGCUAUUCCCUACCCCGGACUCAACGAAAAGGGCGAAGUGACCCAUGCGUGGGGAGGAAGAGGGACGGGCGGAACGAAGCAAGAGGGGUGCGGAUUCCAUCACGGCAAAUUCAUCUCGCAGUUGCGCAAGGCGUGCCUGGGCCACAAGAACAUCACAGUCGUCGAGACAGAGGUUGUCAAGACGAUUCGAGGAGAGCACACAGACCAGGUCCUGGGCGUGGAGUCACGGACCACAGUCAACAAGGAGACGGGAGAGAAGAAGAGCGACUACUUCUUUGGCCAGCUCACCAUUGUUGCCGACGGAUACGACUCCAAGUUCCGAAAGCAAGUCCUAGAGACCAAGCCCGUCGUCAAAAGCAAGUUUUAUGCCCUGGAGCUGGUCGACACGAAGCUACCGCUGCCCUUCCACGGCCACGUCAUCAUCGGCAACGCCUUCCCCAUCCUCCUCUACCAGAUCGGCACCCACGAGACCAGAGCGCUCUUCGACGUGCCCGCAAACAUCCCCCAGGCCUCUCCCGAAGCCGGCGGCGUCCGCGGCUACAUCAAGAACUGCGCCAUCCCCGUGCUCCCCGAGGCCAUCCGCCCGGCUGCCGAAAAGGCCCUCGCCGACGGCAAGAUCCCCCGCAGCAUGCCCAACAGCUGGCUCCCCGCCGUUCCCCAGACCCCGAGCGGCCUCGUCGUCCUCGGCGACGCCCUGAACAUGCGGCACCCCCUUACCGGCGGCGGCAUGACCGUCGCCUUCAACGACGCGCUGCUGCUCUCCGAGCUGCUGCAUCCCGACCUCGUCCCCAACCUCGAAGACAAGGCGGCCAUUCGCGACGCCAUGAACAAGCUCUACUGGCGCCGCAAGAACUUCACCAGCAUCAUCAACACCCUCGCCCAGGCCCUCUACUCCCUAUUCGCCGCCAACGACCGCCAGCUGCGCGCCCUCCAGCUGGGCUGCUUCGAGUACUUUCGCCGCGGCUGGACCGACGGGCCGGCCGGCCUGCUCGGCGGCAUCAUCCAGCGACCCCUCGUGCUUGCGUACCAUUUCUUCUACGUCGCCUUUGUGGCCAUCUGGAUGAACGGGGCCAACGUCAUUGGCGGGCCGCUGGGCUUCUGGAAACUGCCCCUCGCGCUGCUCGAUGCCGUUCUCAUCCUGUGGAAGGCCUGCGUGGUCUUUUUGCCAGUUAUCUGGAGAGAAGGCUUCCAAUGA